AUGCUAAGUCCAGAAGAGUGGGAUUUACUAAAGGAUUUAAAACCAAUUUUACGCACUUUUUCAGAAGCCACAGAACUCUUGAAAGGUAGUAGUUAUUGUACUAUUUCUAUUAUGACUCCUAUUUUAAUUGGAAUUAAAAAAAAAUUUACACCUAAUAAUAUAAAUUAUGAAUUAGCAUUUGAUGAAGCUACGGAUAAUAAUGAUGAUAAUGAAUUGGAACAAUUAUCACAACAAACAACUACUCGAAAAUUUAACUUAAAAGUUCCUAUAAAUACAAGAAAUUUGUUAGCUAAAAUCAAAUCAGCCUUCUAUAUAUUAAUGGAUUAUUAUUGGAAAGAUCUUACUAAGCCAGAUACUUUACUCCCUAAUCUUUUAGAUCCAAGAAUAAAAGAUUUAUCAGUUAUUACACCUAGUGAUUUUAAUGAUACUAAAGAUUUAUUACGUGAAAAAUAUAAUAAUAUGGAAUUGGAAAUUGGCAGCAUUCAACAUCAACAAAAUUUUACAUUUCAAUUAGCAACUAUUCAAUCAUCAAAAAGUCUAGCAGGUUUAAAAAAGAAAAGGGGGAAAAAUCUUACAAUACUAACUGGUUUAAAAAAACUACUUUUACGAGCUCAUAAUGAAAUUGUUGAAUAUUUGCAAAUGGAACAAAUUGAUUUUGAAAGUGAUCCAUUUAUUUGGUGGUAUGAACACCAAGAAAAAUUUCCUAUUUUAAGUUAUUUGGCAAAAAAAUAUUUAUCAGUUUACGCAUGUUCAACAGCUAGUGAACGAUUGUUUUCAAACGCCGGUAAUUUAUUAACUGCAAAAAGAACAAGAAUUAAUCCUAAAUUAUUCAAAAGAUUAAUAUUUUUAAAAAGAAAUGCCAAACAUUUAGAUAAUCAUUAUGCAAGUGACGUUAGAAAGAAUCAAUGGAUUAGAGAGUUACAAACGAUUAAACAAGAAAUGAAUGAGAAAGUAGGAGCAUAUGCAAGAUUGAGUCCAACUAUGAUAUCAAGAGUAAUGUGUGAUGAAUCGAAUCAGAGUUUGUUAAAUCAGAAUAAUGUUCAGAAUAAUAAUACUCAAGAUGUUAGACAAAAUGAUAAUGGAAAGAAUGAGCAAGAAAAUAAGUUUAAUAAACCAUUGAAGAAAGAUUAUGAAGAUGAUUUAGUAAAAGACAUAGAGAAAAUGAAGAUUUAUAUGUUAGGAAAACUACAGAAUAUAGAAAGGAAGUUAGAUAACAAAAGUGGGAACAGAAGUCAAUUGAAUCAAGGAAGGAAUAGUAGAAUACCGAUUAAUUAUGAUGAAGUAACUUGUUUUAGAUGUCAUAGAAAAGGUCAGUUUGCAACUAGAUGUCCAUUAGGAAAUAAUAUUAGAAGGAAUGAAAGAAGAGUUAAUCUGAUGGACACAGGAAAUUAUAGAGGAGAUGAUGAGUAUGAAGAAUAUGAAGAAUCAGAUGAUGAUUAUAAUUAUGAAUAUGAGGAAUAUGAUGAUUCACAAUUAUAUAGUUAUGAACGAGAUCUAUAUGAGAAAGAUAAUCCAGUACAAGAAAGAAGAAGAAGUAAUAGAAUAAAUCCUGUACGAGGAUGGAAAAAUUUUGGAAAGCUGAAUUUUGAUAAAGAUAUUGUGGAAAGAGGGAAAGAAGAUUAUAAAUAUAGGAAUAGAGAAGAAACUCCAAUGGAGGAAGAGGAAGAUGAACAACCAAUGUAUAAUAGACCAAUAGGACCAGAUAAUACGAAUAUUCCAAAAAGAUAUAAAUGGAGUAAAAAGAGAGGAGAAUAUUAUGACACAAUGGAAGGAAUAAAUAGAUGGAAAGAAGCAGGAGAAAAACGUAGACUAAGAAAAGAUAAUAUUGUAGGAAUUAAGUCAAAAGACCCAGUGGAUUAUAGAAAUCUACUUAAUAUUGUUAAAAAGACUGAGAUAACUGGAGAGAAGGAAGUUACAACGGUAAUGAAAACACAGUUUACAAUAAAUAAUAAGGAAAUCGAAGUAAUAAUAGAUUUAGGAGCAGCAAUAAGUGUAAUAACAGAGAAAUUAAGAAAAGAGUUAGAUAUACCAAUAAAAGGAAAAAGUAACAUUACAUGUACAUUAGCAAAUGGAGGAAAGAUUGCUUCAUUAGGAAAGGUAAAUACAAAAAUAAAAAUUUAUAAAGAAUUAAUAAUACCAGUAACAUUAGAUGUAAUAGAUUCAAGGCAAAAAGAAAUAAUUAUAGGAAAUGACUUAUUAGAUAAAUGGAACGCAAAUAUUAACUAUAAAGAGAGGAUAUUAGAAUUAGAAAAUGAUGAAGAAAUAAUAGAUAUAUCUGUGUGGUAUAUUAAACAAGUAGAGGAGUCAGAAAAAUCUAAUUACGGGAGUGAAUCAGAAGAAUCUGAUUAUGAAUAA